AAGCCCAACCUCUCGUCCACCCUGUUGUAUAUGCGUCUGUUCCUCGCCUGUAUCCCGUCUCCGCCCUUAUCCCCAUGGUGUGUACGGAUGCCUUUCCAGCGGACUACAUCGCUUAGGAGGUGGUAUCCGUUGCCAGAGGUUUGAUAAAUGUAGAUGUGGAUACUUUGCCAAGGACAUCGGGGCAGCGUUACAUGAGCCGAGCGCGGGCGCAACGACUCGGAGCGCGUCUCCACUCCGGGAAAACACUCCACGCUUUGGGAUCCUGCUACAAGCAGCUUGAAUUCGUCUUCUUCUUCUUUUUGUGUCUAUAUGUUCGCGGAUGUGUGGAUGUGUGUGGAUGUAAGUGCUGGACUUGGAGCAAAUAAACAAACCCCGGUGUUCCUCGAAGCUCUUGUUGGUGUGUUGGACGGAGUCGGAGUUAAGCGCAGGAGCGCACCGAGAAGCCGAAAAUAAGGUUGCUGUGUGAAAAGACUGCGUGCGACAGAUGACUGAGGUGCCAAGGGAUCAGGAGCACUAGAGUGGAAGCUGUCCCAGCUGUCCUGUGUGGAGGAAAUAGCAAGGGGGGAAAAGGCAGGACCGAAAGAAAGGGUGCAGCUUGAGGCGUCCGCCCCCCCUGCAUCGCAAAGGAGUGCAGCCAUGGAGCGAGUGUUCUUCUGCCUGUCCCUGUUGGCUCUACCUAUUACCGCAAUGCUGUGCCCAAAACGUUGCACCUGUCAGAAUCUCCUACCCUCCUACACGGUCCUGUGUGCCAAGACAGGCCUGCUGUUCGUGCCGCCCAAUAUCGACCGGCAGACAGCCGAGCUUCGGCUCAUGGACAACUUCAUUACCACGCUCCGGCACCGUGACUUCGCCAACAUGACUAGCCUCAUCCACCUAACCCUGUCUCGAAACACCAUCAGCCUCAUUCUGCCCUAUGCUUUUGCCGACCUGCAAGAGCUUCACGCACUGCACCUUGAUGCUAACCGUCUCACAGGACUGGAUGACACACAUCUGCAAGGCCUGGUCAACCUGCGCCACCUAAUCCUUGCCAACAAUCAGUUGCAACACAUUUCCCAUGGAGCCUUUCAAGACUUCCUGGAGACUCUAGAGGAUUUGGAUCUGUCCUAUAACAACCUAAUACAUGUCCCAUGGGACACUGUAUCUCUCCUUGUCAGCGUCAAUACACUUAGCUUGGAUCACAACCUCAUCGAGUAUGUGCCAGAGGGCAUUUUUUCCAACCUGCACAAGCUAGCAAGGCUGGAUAUGACCUCCAACAAGCUGAAGAAGAUUCCUCCAGACCCACUGUUUCUGCGCAUACCAGUUUAUGCAAAAACAAAAGGCUCGCCACUAACAGCGUUGGUGCUGAGCUUCGGUGGAAACCCACUGCACUGCAACUGCGAGUUGGUGUGGUUAAGGCGACUGACACGGGAGGACGACCUUGAGACAUGUGCCUCUCCCAAAGAGCUAGCCGGAAAGUACUUCUGGACCAUCCGUGAGGAGGAGUUUGUGUGCGAGCCACCCAUGAUCACACGCCACACUUCCAAAAUGUUUGUAAUGGAGGGUCAGGAGGUAAGCUUGAGGUGCAGGUCUAUGGGAGAUCCUGAACCUACAACACACUGGGUGAGUCCAGACGGCAAACUGAUUGCAAACACAUCUAGAACAACCGCCUAUGAGAAUGGCUCUCUAGACAUCCUUACAGCCACUGUGAAAGAUUCUGGCGUGUUUACUUGCAUAGCGUCUAAUGCGGCUGGAGAGGCAACAGCCCCUGUGGAACUUGUGGUGAACCCCUCACCACAUUAUGACCCAAAACUCGAACCUGAACCAGGACCCUCAGACAUGCCCACCUCCAUCAAGUCAAACAGCAGUGGUGGGCAGACAAGGGUGGAACAGCGGGUCAGCGUGACUGAGAUAACAUCCACAUCAGUCACCAUCCGCUGGCCUUCACAAAGCCAUAUCCCUGGGGUUCGCAUGUACCAGAUUCAAUACAACAGCUCAACGGAUGACAUCCUCAUUUACAGGAUGAUUCCAGCCUCAUACAAGCUGUUCCAGUUGAGCGACCUGGCUUCUGCACGAGACUACGAUCUCUGCGUCUUGGCCGUUUACGACGAUGGAGUCACCGCACUCACGGCCACGCGCCUCGUUGGCUGCGUGUCAUUCAGCACUGAGCGUGAGUACCAUCACUGCCGCUCACUCCAUGACCAGUUCCUGGGUGGCACCAUGAUCAUCGUCAUCGGAGGCAUCAUUGUGGCCUCUGUGCUCGUCUUCAUCUUCAUCCUGCUUAUGAAGUACAAGCUGCACAGCCAGCACUACAAGCAAAAGGCAGAGCGCGUCAGCAACGUCUGCUCACAGACCAAUGGCGGCCAGCAAGGAUCGGCGUCCAACCCACCACCACCACCUCGAUCAUCCUCUUCCUCCGCUUCGGCAAGUAAACCAUCCAUUCUUCUCAGUCAGGAGAGGCCAGAGUGUUAUGGCGCUCAAGAGGGAGGCUAUGGGGCACUCAAAGGCACCACAGUUGUGGACUUAAAUCCAGAAUAUGGGAAGUCCAUCAGAGAAGAAGACUCAGUAUCGCAAUAACGCAGGGUCCAAUCCCACCCCCCAUCCUCUCCUCUUCCUUCCCAUCGUCCGGUUUUGUUUUUUUCUUUUUUUUCUGGUGCUGGGGUGUUUCUGCCUUACUGAGAAUGCCCUCAUGUCCAAGGCAAAAUCAGUCUAAAGGGAAAAUUCAAUUGCCUGGGAUUGGAGCCAGUACACUCCUGGGAGGGGAGGUGGGUGGAAGUCAGUAACUCUUUUCAGUCCCUUAUGCAAGCUCCUUAACGAACAAUGGAUACUAAUGAGCCUAUUCGGAACUAAUGGGCAAAAACCUGUCCUACGCCGAGGCCAUCACUCUUACAGAAUAUAAUAUGAAAACAUGACCAUCACUACUGGACGAGACAACUGAACACAUCACUAAUGGAAUCUGCCGCUACUCUUUUACAAACCUGGGGAAACUAAAUGAAUGCCAUGAUUCAUUCAUGCUAUUCAGUCACUGAAGGAUGUCCAGGCUGCAGAAAAGGAAUGUUCUAGAAUAUUUCACAUUUCGGAACAGAACGUGAAAUGUUCCAAUG